UGUAUGAUGCUAUGCUAAAAAUACGAGUACCAUGAACUUGAUCAACGCCGCUGUAUGGACCAGUCGUGCGGUGACUUUUGUGGCAGACACACACAAAAUGAGAGAAACAAUACGUAGUCAGCUUGACCGAGAUGGAUACGUGGUGCUGGAGGACUUCCUCCGGCCAGCCGAGUGUGACGAGCUCCGAGCAACCGGACUGGAGCUCACCAAGCAGGCGGCGGAGAUAGAGGACAGAGCCGUCUUCUCUACGAUCGAGACUGAGAAACAGCAUCUGAAGGACAAAUACUUCAUGGAGAGUAACGACAAAAUCCGAUUUUUCUUUGAAUCUGACGCUUUGACUCCCGACGGCAAACUACAAGUCGACCCAAGUAUAUCACUGAACAAGGUCGGCCAUGCCCUACAUCUCCUACAUCCGAUCUUCAGAUGCUACACGUACAGUGACAGGGUGAAGGCCGUAUGCAGGGAACUGGGCUUGAAGGAACCAGCGGUGGUGCAGAGCAUGUAUAUAUACAAGAACCCUGGAUUGGGUGGUGAAGUCGUACCGCACCAAGAUGCAACUUACCUCCACACAGAGCCGGUCCCGCCCGUGGGCUUCUGGAUCGCUCUAGAAGAUGCGACGAUCCAGAACGGUUGUCUCUGGAUGUCGCCGGGUUCCCACAAGUCAGGGGUGCACAGGAGGUUGCAGCGGAACCCGGAUAAGGAGGCGCAGCAGGGGCUGGUGUAUGACAAACCAGCCCCCGUGUACCGGGAGUCCAGUUUCACACCAGUACCUGUCAGUAAAGGUACCUGUAUCCUGAUUCACGGCAACGUAAUCCACAAGAGUGCCCACAACAAGUCAGACAAAAGUCGUCACGCCUACACCUUUCAUGUUAUAGAGAAACACGAUAACAAAUACUCCCCUGACAACUGGCUGCAGGAGGGCCCCGGCGCCCCCUUCCUCAACGUCUAUUCUACGCCACAAAUGGAAUGAUUAUUUUGAUAGGAUAUAUUCAAAACUAAU